UUGUCAAAUUUAAAUCUCAAAUUUCAUACUCUCAGUCAAUUAAGUGAUAGCCAAGGCAAAACAGUAAACGACAAGGGGGUUAGGAAAGUGCUGUAAUACAGAAUCCAAAUAUUCAAUGAUCCAAUUAUUUAAAAAAGAUAAAAAAACGAUCAAAGUUUGCAGCCAAAAAGGCCCAUCAGAAACAGAUUGUCUGAAUAGAAAGCAAAAUAACCAAGCUAUGGAAAUGGAAGACUCUCUUCCUCUUCAUCUUUGUCGUGUCCAGAAGUUGUCUAUGAUCAUCAACAGGUCACAUGCAUUCCUCCAUUGCGUGGCUAUAGCUUUACUGAUUUACUACAGGGUUUCUUUUCUCUUCCAGGAGGCAGAAACUAGAGCCACACCCUUGUUACCAUGGCUUCUAGUCUUUUCCGGGGAGUUAGUUCUGUCCUAUAUGUGGGUCUUAAGCCAAGCUUACCGCUGGCGUCCUGUGUAUCGAAGUGUUUUUCCUGAGAGAUUACCCAAGGAUGAUAGUAAGUUUCCGGAUAUUGAUGUGUUUAUUUGUACUGCGGAUCCGAAGAAGGAACCCACUGUGGAAGUGAUGAACACUGUUUUGUCAGCUAUGGCGCUUGAUUAUCCACCGGAGAAACUGCAUGUUUAUCUUUCAGACGAUGGAGGUGCUUCUAUAACUUUGAGUGGUAUGAAGGAAGCUUUUAAGUUUGCGAGGUCUUGGCUUCCGUUUUGUAAGAAGUAUGGAAUCAAAACUAUAUGCCCAAAAGCUUUUUUUUCUGGUAGUGAAGACCAAGAUGGUGAUUCUGGAAGUCCUGAGUUCAUGAUGGAGAAGCAAAAAAAUAAGGAAAAAUAUGAAGUGUUUAAGGAAUGGGUACUGAGAGCUACAGAGAAGAGACAUUUUGAGGACAAAAAAGCUCAGAUUAGUACUGGCGUUCAUCCUCCUCUGAUUCAGGUGAUAAAUGAAGAGUGUGAUGAAGCUACAGAGGAACAGGUUAAGAUGCCUGUCCUAGUUUAUGUAUCUCGUGAAAAAAGGCCUUCUCAUCCUCACCAUUUCAAGGCUGGAGCUCUGAACGUCCUUCUUCGAGUUUCUGGGGUUAUAAGCAACUCUCCCUAUAUCCUAGUGCUGGACUGUGACAUGUACUGCAAUGACCCAACUUCCGCUAGGCAAGCUAUGUGUUUUCAUUUUGAUCCCAAGAUCUCUCCCUCGCUAGCAUUCGUUCAGUUUCCUCAGACAUUUCAUAAUCUCAGUAAAAACGAUAUCUAUGACAGUGAGAUUCGAUCAAUAUUUCGGAUAUGUUGGCAGGGUUUGGAUGGACUACAGGGACCAGUCUUGUCUGGUACAAAUUUGUACAUUAAGAGGGAAGCACUCUAUGGCAUUUCUUUGCAGAAAGGUUUGGAUCUCAUAGAUCUAAAGAAUUCUUUCGGGCAAUCCAAUGAGUUCCUGAAAUCUCUUCGCGCAGACCAUAAGCGUAGCAUUGAUUAUGGUGGUGAUAAUUCUUCAAGUAAAUUUCUGCAAGAGACCAGAGUUUUAGCAGCCUGUGCUUAUGAAGAAAACUCAAAAUGGGGUGAAGAGGUGGGUUUUAUGUAUUAUUCUCUUGUAGAAGAUUACUUCACUGGAUUCAAAAGAAUACACUGCAAUGGAUGGAAAUCAGUGUAUCUUGACCCACCAAGGCCACAAUUUCUGGGCACUUCUACCACCAAUUUAAACGACUUGCUUAUUCAAGGCACCAGAUGGUGCUCAGGAUUGACUCAAGUUCUUAUUUCCAAGUUUAAUCCACUGAUAUAUGGGCCACCCAGGAUGCCUUUACUUGAGAGCAUGGGCUAUGCAGAACUUGCAUCUUUCCCCAUUUACUUUUUCCCUCUGUGGUGUCUUGCCACUAUUCCUCAACUUUGCCUCCUCAAUGGCAUCCCUUUGUACCCCGACGUUUCGAAUCCAAAAUUUUAUAUAUUCUUAUUCAUUUUUCUGUCAGCACUGUGUAAACAUCUUUAUGAGGUUCUUAUAACUGGAGGAUCAAUCAGGAUAUGGAGAAAUGAACAAAGGAUAUGGAUGAUAAAAGGGGUUACAAUUUAUUUCUAUGGAACUUUAAACGCCAUAAUGUCAAAGCUUGGAUUAGCAGAAGCUAAAUUUGUGCCAACCAACAAAGCUGAUGAUGAUGAGCAAGCUAAGCGAUACCACAUGGGCAUAUUUGAUUUCCAGACUUCAACAAUGUUCCUUGUUCCACUGGUUAGUGUGACCAUUUUGAACAUUGCAGCUUUCUUUUGGGGAGUUGUUAGAGGGAUCAGCGCAGGAGAUUGGGAGAAGAUGUUUGCACAAGUUCUUCUCUCGUUUUAUAUUUUGAUUAUGGGCUACGCUGUCAUUGAAGGCAUAGUUGUGAGGAAAGACACAGGCCGCAUUCCUCCAUCUGUCACAGGGUUAUCUGCUAUGUUUUGUGCCGUGUUCUUGUUUUUGGGAUCUAUUUUUCUGAUGUAUUGAGUGUCGUUUACACAAAUAAUGGAGUUCAAUUGUAUUGUAACUUACAAUUGCAUUAAACCCUGCUGAUGGUUUGUUCUUGUUGAAUAUUAAGAUUGUUGUUUUCAGAAAUAAAAUCCCCUGUUUUUUUCCGGGGUCUUUGCCUUA